AUUAGGCUUCCAAAUCUCACAAAGGUAACGUUUAAACCAGUCCUCAAAAAUGGAAUCUGGUCCAACCGUUAUUGACAUUGGGGACGAGAUCGAGUAUAUUUUAGAUUCGCCUUCUUCAUCUCAACCAGAUGAAGAAGACCAUGUGUGUCCUAAAAUGGAAGAUGAAAAACCUAUGAGACCUUAUUACCGCCAACAGCUGAUGGUGCUUGUGGAAAAAUCUAAACAUACGGGUGACAGUACGUUCUAUGCUAAUAGAGAUACUGAAUUUAAAAAACAAUGGGCACACUUUCGAAAGCAUGUACUUCCUCAGAAAUUGUUGAACUAUUUUUUACCUGGAAUUCCAAAUUUUCCUUCGGGUAAAGGGCCAGUUGUUGUUGUCGACAGUGAGCAAACAGCGGAUAAGCCUGUCCUACAAUUAAGACCAAAACAAUUAUCGAAGGAUGGAUUUGUUACAGGUACUUUUAUUUCUGAAAAAGAGCUUAUUGACAGUGUGAAGAAAGAACGAAGCGAAUUUCAUUCAAUGAAAAAGCCUUAGCCACUUUUAAGGGGGUUAUGUUUUACUUAAUACAUAAAGCCUGAUUGCUUGAAAAUUAUAUCAUCUUGAUACUUUUUUUAAUAUUUACUAAUUUUCAACAAAGAAAAGGUGCCAUAUAGUAUCUGGUACUUAAAGUUAUUCCUUAUCAUUUAACCAAAUAAUCUAGUAAUUUGUAUGAUAA